AUGACUGGUAAUUGUCGUCGUAAUGUGUCUGUGACCGUUCCCCCUCCCGCUCCCCCUCCCAAUGUAAAUACCCGAAUGCAACCCGCACGCCCGAUUAUUUAUUCAAAACUAUCAAAAAUGGCGGAUGCUGUAAAUGUCCAAUAUCAAGUGAGACGAAAUAACGAAGAAUUGCAAGACUAUUUAAAAGACCUUUACCGGUGGGAAGAUGAAGUAAAAGCAAAAGAAAAGCUUUUAUUGAAUACUAAAGCCUCAAAAGAUAUGUCUCAUCCAGUUAGAAACAAGCGCAGCAAGAAAAAAACCACUUCGAUCAUGAAGAAAUCUGCUCCUGUUGAAGCACGAAAACCUCGAUUAAAAGGAUCAGAUUUUCAAGCUUGGGACAAAUAUGACGUGGAUAAAGCAAUCAAAGAAAUUGAAGAGCAAGAUGAUCUCGAGACACAAUCAUUAUCAGAAGAUGACAGCGAAGAUGAAGAACUAGCUGAGCAGAGAUGUCUGCAGCAAGCGUUAUUUGAAAAGGAAAAGGGAAAUGAUUUGUUCAAAGAGGGAAAAUAUGAGGCAGCCAUUAAUCGUUACACAGUUGCCAUUGGAUUGGAUCCCUCUAAUGCAAUCUUACCAGCUAAUCGUGCUAUGGCUUUGAUUAAGGUUCAAAGGUAUGGUGCUGCAAUUCAGGAUUGUGAUGUGGCUUUGAAAUUAGACAAAACAUAUGCAAAGGCUUUUGCAAGGCGAGCGACUGCAAAACAAUCACUUGGUUAUUUACAAGAAGCCCUUACUGAUUACGAACAACUGUUGGUAUUGCAACCAAAUAAUAAGCAAGCACUAGAUGGCAUUGAGAAAAUUAAGAAAAUGUUGACCAAAGAAACAAAGAAAUCUGUUAUAGGAAAAGAAGAUUUGGAAAGCUACAAACAAAAGCCUAUGAAGCGUAAUAUAAUCGAAGAAAUAGGAAGUGCUAGCCAUGACGAGGAAGACAAUGAACAGAAGUCAGCCAUUAAAAAGAAUCCUAACCUCGUGAAAUCAUUGAAUAAUCUUGAUUUGUUUGAUACAACGGCGAAUGUUGAUAAUGUCUUGCCUGAGCCAAUCAAAACAGUGGGUGAGAAUACCAAAAACAGUGAAACGAUGGAGAAACAUGAUUAUAUGGUUAAACCAGCAUGUGAGCUAAAAGAUAAAGAUGUUGGUAAAACAGCACUUCAUUUUGAUCAAGCCAAUCAACCCGCCAUUGAAAACAAACUCAGCUCAAAAUCUGAUCUGUCCUCAUCAUCUGUUGUGAACAAAAAGUCAAGUUUGUCAAGUUUACGCGAUCUCAAACCUCCUUCCAAUUCAAUACAAUUUCAAAGGACGUGGAAACAAUUGGAAUGUAGUCCUGAGCAUUUGUAUGCAUACAUGAAGGUCAUUCCUCCUGAGCAGUUACCUAAAGUCAUUGGGGAGCUGGUUGAAUCUUCUCUUUUACUGAAGAUGUUUUCCAUUCUUUAUGAAUUUUAUGUAAGGGAUUCGUCUUCUGUGUACAAUGAAUUAAAAUGUAUCUCACAAAUAAAAAGGUUUCCUAUGACUUUAAUGUUUUUGUCGUCAAAAGAGAAAAUUGUAUUGAAGGACCUUUUUCAUUACCUUGAAAACCUUCCAUCUGAUCGGAGAAACUUUACUGACAAAGAGUUGGACAAUUUGAAGAAGAAGUAUGGAAUAUAAUGUUCAUGCUACAUAUGUAUAAAAACAUAGUGAUACUUGCCACGAGUACAAAUAAAUAGUUUACUAUUCACUUUUUAGUCAACAUUUAUUUAAACAAUGUAUUCCAUUUGGUCUAUAACACAACUAGUUGAAAAUGUUCUUUUAAGAUUCACAGCAACCAGUAUUUUAUACUAACAUAAGCAAACAACUUUGUUGUUCUAUCGCAAGAAAUAAAGUAAUCCAGCAAAAUGAUUA